AGCUCAAUCUCGGUCUGCAAUUCCGUCGACCAAGCUCAAACUUUGAUCAUGUCUAACUCUGUUCACUCCUCAGAUUUGCACCCUAAAUCCAGAAACACCCGUAAUAAAUCUUCUUACACAUCAUCACCAACAACCUGUUCUAAAUUCCCUGUCUGCGACGGAUCUCAAUCGGCUGCUAUCGAUGUUGUCAUCCUUAUAGCGGUGAUCACCGCCUGCGGGUUCUUGUUCUUCCCUUACGUCAAACUCAUCACCCUCAAAUCGAUUGAGGUCUUCUCGGAUCUCUCGGUUUUAGUCAAAGAAGAGAUUUUGCAGAACCCGAUUGUGUAUGGAUCAUUAGCUUUGAGUAUCUUCUGUGCUGCGAUCUCUACUUGGCUUGUUAUACUCUUGUGUACUAUGCAGAGAUGCGGGAAACCGAAUUGUAAAGGGCUUAGGAAAGCUGUUGAGUUUGAUAUUCAGCUUGAGACAGAGGAAUGCGUGAAGAGCUCGAAUAACAAUAGCAACAAGAGGGGAAUGUUUGAGUUGCCUCGUGUCCAUCACCGUGAAUUGGAAGCUGAGCUGAAGAAGAUGGCACCACCUAAUGGUCGAGCCGUUCUGGUUUUCAGAGCCAGAUGUGGUUGUUCUGUAAGGAGAUUAGUGGUUUCGGGGCCAAAGAAGCAGCAGAGGAAGAUCAAGAAAUGAAUAAGAGAGAGUUAAAAAAGGUUUAAUCUUUGGAAAUGAGAUUGGAUCAUUACAUUUUUCUUCGGUUAGUUUUAUUCUCAUACACACUCUUUUACAAGAACUUAUUUAUGUUAUAGUCUUAUGUGUUUAAAUAAUGUACAAUGGGAAUAAGCAUUGUAAGGAUAU